AUGCCUCCUCUCCGUCUGUGGGAGACAAGCGGUUGUCCUUUGGUCCUUGGGCUCCCCCAACCAGGAUGCUCCAACUGUCAGUUCUCUACCAACCAACCCCCACUGCUCACCCCCAGUUCUCUACCAACCAACACCCACUGCUCACCCCCACUCCUCCAACUGUCAGUUCUCUACCAACCAACCCCCACUGCUCACCCCCAGUUCUCUACCAACCAACCCCCACUGCCCAGCCCCACUCCUCCAACUGUCAGUUCUCUACCAACCAACCCCCACUGCCCACCCCCACUCCUCCAACUGUCAGUUCUCUACCAACCAACCCCCACUGCUAACCCCCAGUUCUCUACCAACCAACACCCACUGCCCACCUCCACUCCUCCAACUGUCAGUUCUCUACCAACCAACCCCCACUGCUCACCCCCAGUUCUCUACCAACCAACCCCCACUGCCCACCCUCACUCCUCCAACUGUCAGUUCUCUACCAACCAACCCCCACUGCCCACCCCCACUCCCCCAACCAGGAUGCUCCAACUGUCAGUUCUCUACCAACCAACCCCCACUGCCCACCCCCAGUUCUCUACCAACCAACCCCCACUGCCCACCCCCAGUUCUCUACCAACCAACCCCCUCUGCCUACCCCCAGUUCUCUACCAACCAACCCCCACUGCCCACCCCCAGUUCUCUACCAACCAACACCCACUGCUCACCCUCACUCCCCCAACUGUCAGUUCUCUACCAACCAACCCCCACUGCCCACCCCCAGUUCUCUACCAACCAACCCCCACUGCUCACCCUCACUCCCCCAACUGUCAGUUCUCUACCAACCAACCCCCACUGCCAACCCCCAGUUCUCUACCAACCAACCCCCACUGCUCACCCCCACUCCCCCAACUGUCAGUUCUCUACCAACCAACCCCCACUGCCCACCCCCAGUUCUCUACCAACCAACCCCUACUGCUCACCCCCACUCCCCCAACUGUCAGUUCUCUACCAACCAGCUCCGACUGCCAACCCUCACUCCGUUAA